GCAGCAGUCGUCGCAGACCACCGUCGCGUCGUCUAUAUAAUUACACUUUUUGCACAUACGAUAAUAUUAUUAUUAUAAUACAUUUAUUGUUAUUAUUAUUAUUAUUAUUAUUAUUAGGAUGCAUAGCACAGCGAUCGCGAGCGAAUAGCACACCGCUUGUGACCUUUGUCGUCAUCGUUAUUAUUAUUAUUUGCAGUACCUAUGUAAUAUGUUGAUAAUAUUAUGACGUUAUUAAUAUUUACUAAUACGACAAUAAUAUCGCGGACAGCGAAAUAUUAAAGUUUGUAAACAACGCAUAUUACCCAUCAGUAUCUACGACUACAACCACGCUCUCCGUCGUCGGCUCACCGACCACAGUCAACUUGUGCAUUAUAUUUACGUAUUUUUUUAGGUGUAAUCGUCUUCGAAUCAGAUUAAUUCCAAUCCGGUUCACAGCAACAGCUUUCGACGAAAUUGCGCAGUGCCCUAUUAUAAUAUAUUCAUUCUCCGCGAGAAAUGUCUUUUAGACACGAAUCGCCACCAUUGUGGAAUCACGUCAUUGUUUGUCUCUUAUUAUAUACCUGCAAUUUUUCCAUUUUAGCGUCAGGUCCAGAAUAUUUAGGAUGUUUUUUGAACGAAGAUCUAAAUAUUUCAAAUGGUCUAAAUAUAUCACUCGCUUCUUUGACACCUCAAGAAUGUUCAGACGAAUGUUACGCAAACAAUUACACUUAUGCCGCAAUUAAUAACGAACCAUUUUGUCGCUGCACAAAUAAUUACAUGUCUAAAUUGACGAAGGAGAUGGAUGACGAUUGCAAUGGCUCGUGUAACGCUGCAAGAAACGCGUCAAACGAGAGGUGUCAAUUGCAUUUUAAAAUGUUCAAGACUUAUAAUACAAGUAUAAUAGGCGAGGAGAAAUAUCCUCAAGCGAUCUACCUAGGAUGCUUCGGAGAAAGAAUGGGUGACGAUAAGAACCGAUUGCUGAAAUUUCCCCACGAGAGGUACGAUGAUAACAGUCCGCAAAAAUGUUCCGAAGAAUGUUUCAAAAUCGGGUUUCUGUACUCUGGAACCACAAAUGGAGAAAAGCAGGGAGCUGCUUGUUGGUGUGGCAAUCAAUAUCCUUCAGAAAAAUUCAAAAUAAGUGACGCAAAAUGUAACGCCAUCUGUUCGGGCGACACGUCCAAAAAUUGCGGUGGUCUGUGGAGAUUAAGCGUUUAUUCCACUGGGAUCGUCGAUUAUCCACUCAGAAAUUUGGUCGGAUGUUACAAUUUGGACGGAUUUAGUCGGUACGACAAGAAAGUAUACAUUUUAAAGGAAACCAUUGAUCCGCACAGGUGUUUUUAUAUUUGCAACGAGAGAGGAUAUAAAUACGUGGCAGUCAACGAGGAUCAUUGCGAGUGCAGCGACGAAACGCCGAGUGCAGAUGAACGGAAAAAACUAGAAGAGUGUAGAAAAUGUGCUGGAGACGAAUCGGAAUAUUGUGGUGGUCCCGAACGUAUUAGUAUCUACGAAAACGAUUGGUUUGGCAUGGUUACUGGAAAUCUAUCAAAUACUCAUUUUGGAUGUUUUGAAAACUCUUGGAUGUAUCCAGUGAUGGAUGGAUGGAAUAUAUCAUUUCCUAGCGAAUUGACCUCACAAAAGUGCGCUUCUAGUUGUUUCACCCGAGGGUUUCCAUUCGUAGCACUAGUGUCUUCGACGAAGUGUCUGUGCAGUUUCGAUAGUCCACCGGUCGAAGCCAAAGUCAAAGCGGGAGGACCGCAUUGCAACGUCAGGUGUUCGGGUGGCACAGAAAGCGUGUGCGGCGAUCGCACCCACUACAACGUGUUCGCCACCGGCCUGAAAACGUCCAGGGUGGCCGGUGACCAUUACCUGGGCUGUUACGAGGAGACGGACGUAUACAGAGCGUUCAAGAAAAACCAGUCCAUCGAAUUCCCGUACGUCAACACGCCGAAAAUCUGCUCCAGGCACUGCUCCAGUGUGGGCUACGAAUAUUUCCAACUAUCCAACAGGGAAUCGUGUUUUUGCGGAAACAGCCAUCCGGCGGACGACGGUGCGGUGCGGGUCGACGACAACAAGUGUUCCGCUCAGUGCUCGGGUGACGCGAACAAGUAUUGCGGCGGAGUGUUUAAAAUCGCGGCGUUCCGUAUAGGAAUGGUGGCUGACAUACAAUAUAAUUGUUCUACGGAUUGCGAAUGCUAUUUUCUCCCAAAACACAAUGUGUCCAAAAUUGACUGUUCAAAAAGUAACCUAAUUGACCCUUCUACAAUUAUUCCUGAUUUAAAAACAACUUCGUCAUCUAUUGAUUUAAUUUUGAGAGACAAUUUGAUAGAAAUCUUACCUAAUUUAACAAGUUUUUAUAUCACUUUAUUGGAUAUCAGUAAUAACAGUAUAACGACAUUGGAUGCCAAUCUUUUACCUAAAAGUUUAAAAGUUUUGUUCGCCGACAAUAAUAAGUUAACAACUCUGAACGGUAACGCAUUGAGAUUAAUGCAAAGACUAGACGUCGUAAUGUUAUCGAAAAACCCGUGGCCAUGUGAAUGUGAUUUGUUGAACACCCUUCUAAAAUAUAAAUCAAAGAUCGGAGAUAUGAAUAAAAUCACUUGCACGUCUUCCACAGUCCCUCUUGUCCACAUGAACGAAUACGAACUUUGUAAAAAAUGGAAAACCCAUUAUUUUUACCUCUUCAUUGCCUUGGGUUUCGUCGUAUUCGUUUGUCUGCUGUCUGUCUAUUUUAAAUUGCACAGGACUGUUUGGUUGUACAUAUUACGAAACAUCCAAUGCGAUUCCUGCGAUCUGAUGUCCAUGCAGCACGCCAACAAUGAUGGUAAAGAUUCCGAAGAAACUUUCAUGCAACGGAUCCAAUACGACGAAUUGGUGUUGGCCACCGACAACUGGAACCAGAACCGCGUGUUGGGCGAGGGCGGCUUCGGGGUGGUGUACAAAGGCAAUUGGAGACACACGGACGUAGCGAUCAAAAGACUGAAAGCCGAGGGACUAGCUGAAAAAGUGGUAAACAUGCACACUUUGGGAGACGGACUCUUGCAGAAUCCGUCGAAAGAGAUUAUGUAUUUAAACGCCGUUAAACACGAUAACGUACUGUCCAUGUACGGGUUUUGCUUCCAUUCGACGGGAUCUUGUUUGAUAUAUCAGUUUAUGGCAAACGGGUCGCUCGAAGAUCGAUUACAGUGCAAAAGCGGAACGAAUCCAUUAUCCUGGAAGAUGCGUGGUAACAUAGCGACAGGAAUAGCAAGAGGCUUACAGUUUUUGCACAAUGUUGAGACGCCUUUAAUCCAUGGCGAUAUAAAAAGUGCCAAUAUACUUUUGGACUCUAACCUUGAGCCCAGAAUAGGAGAUUUCGGGCUUGCUCGGACCGGACCACUGCAGGAACAAUUAAUUAACAAAAACGUUGGAUUUGAUGUCAGCCACGUGUGUGGCACGAAGCCUUAUUUGCCUGAAGAUUUUUGUAGGAGUAGAAAACUAUCGACCAAAGUGGACACUUACAGUUUCGGUGUGGUGAUGUUUGAAAUCGCGACCGGUCUAAGAGCGUUCAACAGGUACAAAAAUUACAAAUAUUUGACGUGCAGUGUUGACUUACACAACUGUUUUAUUCAGAAAGAAUUGGUGAAUAAGCAUGACAAAUCUUCGAUUGCGAAUAUCGCUGACAAAAUGGCCGGACAUGAUUCAUUUCAUAUUUUUGAAAUACUUAUAACUUUAGGUAAAGCGUGCGUGGCAGAUAUAGCUGAGAAACGUCCAGAAAUGGUCGUUGUUUACAUGAAUCUAAAAAACGUUUUGUUGUCGGAUAUCAACGUAAAUAAUGUUGAAACGAGCGGUGAGAAGUAUAACAAUAUGGCAAAUGCACACUUAAAGGAAACCAAAAAUCCAGGUAUCGUAAAAUUGAACGAAAUAAAGGCAUCUCUGUUAGCACCGCUCAAUGAGAUUCCGUCAAUAUCGAACUUGUACUCUAGUCCUGUGCACGAAGCCGACCCUCGGAAAAUCAUUACUACAGAAGUAAAAUCCGUCAGCAACGAGAUUUCGGUAUGCCUCAACGGGUUUAAGUACCGUAAUAUAAGAUAACUAUACUACGAAAUCAUUACCUAUUUAAUUUGAUGCAUGUAUGUUUUCGAUAGGAUGAAGGUUUUUUUACGACCGAUUUUUAAGUAAUCGAGCCGAAUAACAUUUCACGCGACAUUAUGAAAAUAAUUAGUUAGAUACCUACUGCUAACCUGCACGCAGACCAAUAUUGUAAUACCUAAUCAGUAAUCAUAUUAUUUUAUUACGUCUUAUAAACUAUAUCAAGUUGACAAGUUCACUAUUAACCUAUUUAUACUUGAACAUAAUAUUAUGUAAUGCACCAUGUUGCCAUGUAGGUACAAAAUAUAUUGGAUUGUGUUUGCGUACGUUACGUACCUAUUUAAUUUAAAGUAGGUACUCGUUUUUGUUAAUACAUAUUUUUGACAUAUUGUAUCAAUGUAGGUACUAUAAUGUGAUCUAUCAAAUUGUUAUUUUCAUUUUCUUUUAAACUUGACUAUAAUGUUAUAAUAAUUAUUAUUAUUAUUAACGAAUAGUUCUUAUCAUCAUUAUAUUCACAGAAGUUGCUUUUUAGUAUUGCAGAUUCAAUACCAUGAUAUUGUGUGUUUUAUUUAAGAAAUUCAUUGACCAUAAUAUAGGAAUAUUAUAUUUAAUAAGUGUGAAAAUAUAUAAUUAUAUACUAUAACCAAUUAAGUGU